GACGAUCCAGAAAUCUCCACGACGUUCCCUGUAAAAACCCGAAAAGGGAAAGGGUGAGAGAGAGAGAGGAAGAAAGGAACUCCAGUUCAACCGGUAUUUCGCGCCACUCGCGCUUGGCUCGAGCACGAUCCGAAGCUAACGAUGCUCCGUAGCGUGUGGUAGCGGCGAUGGAAGCCGAGGCAAAGAGCGACGCACGAAGAAGGAGGGGGAGGAAGCCCCUCUCGGACCUCACCAACGCCGCCCCUCCGUCCGGGCUCGAGCCCCCUCGCAAGCCCGCCGUUUCGUCCGCUUCCAAGAGGACCGCUCCGAACCCUAGCUCCUCCGGUGCCGCGCCCCUCCCUUCCACGCCUCCUCGCCCGAUUGCAUCUUCUUCCGGGCGUGAUGCUUCCGAGAGGUCCGUGUUCUGUACAACUUAUAACCGCAGGAAGCCUGCGGAUAAAGGCAAGCGUAAAGAGAAGGGGGUUGCCGUCUCUAUGACUAGCUCUCCUGCUAGGAAGAUCAGAAAUAUGAGGAACAAGCUUAAUGACAAAGGAGGUGGUGCUGGAUCCAACUCAUGCUCUAUUCCAAAUAAAGGGAAGCAGCAGAAGCCACCAUCUAGGAAAGAUGUACCUGAUGAUUCGUUGCAAGAUUACAUCAGGCAGCAGAAAUCUUACUUUGAAGAGAUUGAUGCAUUUGAAUUGCCAGAGGAGGAGGUAGCCUCUGUUAAUGAUUUGGACUAAGUGGAAGAGAUACAAGAGAUAUCAGUGAUCGGUGAGCAGAGCGCUCAAGUAAAGGGGGAGAUGUCUGUACAGUCAACUGACAGUGGAAUACUCGAUCUACAGAGAUUUUGGUUUGUAACUGCUAGUGUACAUAUGGAGUCUUUAGCUCAUUUACUCUGGAGCUUGUAGAAUUUCUCCUGCGUAUUCCAUGACUUGAUUAUGGAGUUUUGAGAUGAGUGGAGCUUUUGUAUAACAAUGAUUACUAUUCUGAAAAUUGCAUAUGCGUUGUGUUCACCAAGGCAA